GUGCCAGCGAUUAGAUUUGGCACACGCGGCCCGACCAUGUCGGCGGCACGUCCAGCUGCCAGUGCGGAUGAUCGACAACUUAUGUGCGAGUUCUGCGGCUACCGGACGGCCAUCCAAUGGAAUCUGCAGGUCCAUCGGCGGCGACACACCGGCGAGAUGCCCUUCAGUUGCCAGACCUGCCAGGCGCGAUUCCCGGCCAGCUAUCAGCUGAAAAGCCAUCUGGAGCGGCACAUGGACGCCGGUGAGCGGCGGCAGCGGCACAUUUGCACCGACUGCAACGUGGGCUUCUCCAGCUCUCGGGCACUGUACCACCACCGGACGCUCCACGAGGAUGGGAAGCGGUUCAAGUGCUCCCAGUGCGACAAGUCAUUCGCCCAGGCGGCGGGCUACGCCCAACACAAGCGGAUGCACCGCCAGAAGAACGAAAGAGCCACUGAAACCACGAAUCUGCAGGAUCUGCAGACCAGGAGAAAGCUCACAAGUGAUUUUUGA